AACGGACGUGCAGGAAAAUACAUGGAGAGAAUACAACAACCAUGGUUGUUUUCCUGGGGUGGACGAAAUCGUUGACCGUAUGGAUGAUCGCCAGAGGUUCGAGCAUCGUACAUCCAAAAGAGGACGAGGUGCGUUAUUGCAAUUCGAUUCGAAGCAUACCGAAGCGAACACGCAAUGCAGAGGCAGAUAUGCACAAUAUACCCACCCAGCCAGUGAAGUCUUUCUGCCAUCCUCCUGACGCCCCCAUUUUCUCAUCCCACACUCUUCACCCAGAGGGCCCCCAACCAACAACGUCCUUGGAAGCGCGGGUCCCCCCCAAUCCGGCAACAUACGGUCACCGUGCGAGGGCUUUGCAACCCACGCGGACAACAACAAGAGGCAUAGACAGGUGGAGUGGAAAUGUCACUCUAGGCUGCUUGGGGAAAUACUAGCCCUCACCAAUGCCAUUCACGACAUUUCCGGACUGGGAGCAUCGUCG